GAAGUUGCAGAGUAUUCAAUUGUCUGUCAAUGUGGACCCUGUGUGUAAGCCUCAUUAAAUCUGUCAUGACAGUUUGUAGUAAGGACAACGAUUAUAUAUAAGUUAACUUAAUGAAGAGACUCGACAGGCAAUCACAGACAGCCCGAGAGAAAACAUGUUUGUCGUCAAUACCAUUCUAUUUUUUUAUGGAUUUGUAACUUUAAUUUGUUACGUCAAGGCUGUGACAAUGCAGUACGAAAUGCGGAUGUGCAUGAUAGCAAAACAAUCACUGACUGACAGACCUGUAGGCCCGGAAGGGAUAUUUGGGGAUUGCAAAUGUUUUCGAAGGGAGAUCGGCUGUCCAAAAUUUUGGUUUCGUCAACCCCGUAACGUCUGUCCCGGGGAAACACGAGUCAUAGAGGUUCCAGAAACAUACACCGAUUACGAAAUUGUCAGGGAGGAAAGAAUAAUUUGGAAUGAGAUACACAAAAAGGCGGUAGUUGACGUUCCUGUGCAGAAAUACGAAGAGGUAAUGCUACGACCACCUCUCACCAUCGCAGAAACUACAUACGACAACCCGAAAGUGCCAAUCCUCCCUGAACCACAACCAGUAAUUGGAGAACCCAUUCCACCAAAUGUAGAUUUACCGCCAAUAGUUGGAGUGCCAAUUCCACAAGAGGUUAUUCCAGAACCAGUUGUAAAGAAAGUAACGAAAGUGGUCAAGCAGCCCCCCGUGAUGGGAGUUGUCAAGAAAACAAUGAUUAAGAAAGCGCCGAUUUACAAAACAGAAAGAGUACCCGUGAAAACGUUCGUCACGAAAAAGAGACCAAUUCAACGAGUUCGCAUUCAUUACAAAAAAGUAAUCAUUGAACAUAUUAACUGCUGUCCUAAUUUGAAAUUUUGGUUCAUUGAUUUACCAGUGGUUGUGGAGAAUAAUGAGGUCUACGAUAGUAGCAGAGGCGUUAUAAGAAAGUAGUAUGGAAACAUAGCGCCUAUACUAUUUUCGUGGUGAAAGUAAAAUUACAUGACGGAAAGUUCUUGGCAGUGUUUUAGUAUCUUUUAUAAUACAAUUAAAAAUAUAGUGUCACUACAACAUUGAUAGAAUCCCUUGUCCUAAGCCUGUUCCUAUAAAUAACACACAUUUUAAUAUUAAAAUAAGAAGCUAAGGGGAAAAAUGUCUAAAUAGUUCCUCUUUGACCGACUCCAUUGUUAUUUAUGUUUAAGUAUUUUGCAAUUUCCUGGAAAAUGAGAAAAGAAUAGCAUCUUAUCACAUUCCCAUUAUCUAUUUAUAUUUCCUUCGCCUUCCUAGUCCUUUAUGUUUUAAUGCAUCCUUGUCUCUUGUAAAUACAAAUGUGAAAUAGACAAUUCGCACAGGGUAACGUCUUAUUCCCGUCUUGUAAGUUGAUGGCGAAACAUAGUUUUUAGUUCACCUGAGCUGAAAGCUCAAGUAAGCUUUUCUGAUCACCCGUUGUCCAUCGUCCGUCUUUAAAAUUUUCACAUUUUCAACUUCUCAAGAACCACGGAGUCAGUUUUAACCAAAGUUGGUACAAAGCAUCCUUGGAUGGAGGGGAGUUUAAAUUGUUAAAAUGAAGGGCCCAGCCCUCUAACAAGGGGAGAUGCAUGUAAUAAAGUAAAGACAAAACUAGGGUGGGGUCAUUAAAAAAUCUUUUCAAGAACCACUUGGCCAGAAAAGCUGAAACUUAUAUGAAAGCAUCCAGGGGUGGUGUAGAUUCUAAAUUGUUCAAAUCAUGACUCCGGGGGUAGGGUGGGUUCACAAUAGGGAAUCAAAGUUUUACAUUGAAAUAUACAGAAAAAAAAAUCUUUUUCUCAAGAACCAUUGGGCCAGAAAAACUGAAACUUAGGUGGAAGCAUCCUGGAAUAUUGCUGCAGAACUGUAGCGUCAUGGUUUUAUAUUUUAGUUCUUUGACCAUAACAAAGACUAAAAUAUAAAACCAUAACGCUACAGUUCUGCAGCUACCUGGGAUACUGUAAAUUCUAAAUUGUUCAAAUUAUGACCUCCGUGGGUAUGGUGGGGCCACAUUAAGGAAUCCAAGUUUUACAUUGAAAUAUAAAGACAAAAAAAUCUUUUUCUCAAGAACCACUGGGCCAGAAAAGCUGAAACUUAUGUGGAAGCUUUCUGAGGUACAAAUGUAGUGUAUAUUCUAAAUUGUUCAAAUCAUGACCCCCGGUGGUUAGAUGGGACCACAAUAGGUAUUACAAGGGGGGAAAUCUGGUGAAGAACAGCAGGCCCAAAGUUACUCAGGUGAGCAUUGUGGCCCAUGGGCCUCUUAUUUGCAUGCUUUCCAUUAUGUGAUGUUAACAAAUUUUGUGUUAGUAAAAAUCAUUUGUAUUUUUAUUGUUAACCCUUAAAUUUCCUCGUCCCAUUCAAAUAAACAAAAGGUGAUAUUUGUGGA